CUUUGUGGCAGCUCUGGGAGACAGAUCACCCCACUUCACAGCCAAGGAGCCUGAGGCCUGGAGAGAGACAUCAUAUGGCCAGCCGCAAGUUACUCUUUUGUCUUCCAGUGGGAAGUACUGCUUUGGCUUUAGCUGGUAAAGUGUGACAGAGUCAUGACUCUGGUGCUGAGGGCCACCAGAGAGUGAUGGCAUGUGACUAGCUAAGAUCCCAAAUGACCAAUUCCUCUAGGGUCUGGUUAGCACAGCAAGCACCCCAGGCUCACUGCCCCUGAGGACUUCCUUAUACUGGGGAUGGUGUGGGGAGUUCUGUGUAAUGCCCACCAGAGGACUGGCUUUUCCCACAAGUCUCUUCUGAGCCAUGACUUGCUCUCCACACUGUCCUGGCCCAUGUGUUGGCUGGCUGCAGAUAAUUUGGGAUCAGGAAGUUAAGAAAGUGCCCUUGAAUUUGCCUGUGCACAAGUGCCUGGCUUGUCUUGAUGUGACCUCUUGCCAUGGGCACCUAGAGGCAGCCUCUGCUGUGGGCGUGCUGGCUGUAGGUUGAAACUUCGAAACUGGGGCACAGUUUCUAAGCAGCAGUGGGUGUGAAUUGGGUGCAGCUGUUUUGGUAGCAUGCAGAGCGACCUCAGUGUCCCUGCCCUUUGCUUCUCUGUCUGGCAAAGCUGGACUUGUACUGCUGUCCCUCCUCUGGGAACCAGGGUACCUGGGACAUGAGCUGGCGGGGUCAGCCUAGCUGGCUUUGUCUAUGCACGUGGGUCUAAGGGUGGAUACUAACUGUUCCCUCAUGUACUUAGAUAUUUGUAGGUGUUGUCCUUGAGCUGGGAGCAGGAUGAGGGCAUUCUGCCCUGGGUUACCACUGUGCAGCCCCAGGGUGGGUAGGGUGGGGUAGGUUUUAGGGCCCUUCUACCAAGUCCCCUCUCCCCAGUAUUGGGGGAGGGGACUUGGUAGAAGUCCCCUAAAACUGUCCAUCUGCUUGUGACCUAUCUCUGCCCUGCCACCAGAGAAGGCCAUGGUGGGCACUGCUCCUUUUGUGCCCCUCUGGGCAUAGGUCCCUGGAGUGCAGACGGCCAGGCCCUCAGCUGCCUUCCUAGCAGGCAGACCCUCACCUUUCCAUGCUGCUCAGAGGUGUUUUCAGGAGGGGUGGGGGACAGCUGGCUUGCCCUCCAGCUCCCUGCGGGAGAGGGUGGCUUUCCCUGUCUUGGGGCAGGAGCACAGCCUGUUUUCUGCUCUUUCUUCCCGUCCCUUCCCCGUCUUCUCACUGCAGUCGGGCCUACCCAGUAUCUGCUUCUGCUUCUUGCCAAGGCCCUGGGCAGCUGCAGCAGGUCAAUGGUCAACAAGGAGGGGGGUCCGAGCCAGCGGCGGCGGCGGCGGCAGUGGUGGCAGCAGGAGACAAAUGGAAACCUCCACAGGGCACAGACUCCAUCAAAAUGGAGAAUGGGCAGAGCACAGCCGCCAAGCUGGGGCUGCCUCCCCUGACGCCCGAGCAGCAGGAGGCCCUCCAGAAGGCCAAGAAGUACGCCAUGGAGCAGAGCAUCAAGAGCGUGCUGGUGAAGCAGACCAUCGCACACCAGCAGCAGCAGCUCACCAAUCUACAGAUGGCAGCAGUGACAAUGGGCUUUGGAGAUCCUCUCUCACCUUUGCAAUCGAUGGCGGCUCAGCGGCAGCGAGCGUUGGCCAUCAUGUGCCGGGUCUAUGUGGGCUCCAUCUACUAUGAGCUGGGAGAGGACACUAUUCGUCAGGCCUUUGCCCCCUUUGGCCCCAUCAAGAGCAUUGACAUGUCCUGGGACUCUGUCACCAUGAAGCACAAGGGCUUUGCUUUUGUGGAGUAUGAGGUCCCUGAAGCUGCACAGCUGGCUUUGGAGCAGAUGAACUCGGUGAUGCUAGGGGGCAGGAACAUCAAGGUGGGCAGACCCAGCAACAUUGGGCAGGCCCAACCCAUCAUUGACCAACUGGCUGAGGAGGCACGGGCUUUCAACCGCAUCUACGUGGCCUCUGUGCACCAGGACCUCUCAGAUGAUGACAUUAAGAGUGUGUUUGAAGCCUUCGGCAAAAUCAAGUCUUGCACACUGGCUCGGGAUCCUACUACUGGCAAGCACAAGGGCUAUGGCUUCAUUGAGUAUGAGAAAGCCCAGUCAUCCCAAGAUGCUGUGUCCUCCAUGAACCUAUUUGAUCUGGGUGGUCAGUACUUGCGAGUGGGCAAGGCUGUCACACCCCCUAUGCCUCUGCUUACACCUGCCACACCUGGAGGUCUCCCACCUGCUGCUGCUGUGGCUGCAGCUGCAGCCACAGCCAAGAUUACAGCUCAGGAAGCAGUAGCUGGAGCAGCGGUGCUGGGUACCCUGGCCACACCUGGACUGGUGUCCCCAGCACUGACCCUGGCCCAGCCCUUAGGGGCUUUGCCCCAGGCUGUCAUGGCUGCCCAAGCACCUGGAGUCAUCACGGGUGUGACCCCAGCUCGUCCUCCCAUUCCGGUCACCAUCCCCUCUGUGGGAGUGGUGAACCCCAUCUUGGCCAGCCCUCCAACACUGGGUCUCCUGGAGCCCAAGAAGGAGAAGGAAGAGGAAGAGCUGUUUCCUGAGUCAGAGCGGCCAGAGAUGCUGAGUGAGCAGGAACACAUGAGUAUCUCUGGCAGCAGCGCCCGCCACAUGGUGAUGCAGAAGCUGCUGCGCAAGCAGGAGUCUACAGUGAUGGUUCUUCGCAACAUGGUAGACCCCAAGGACAUUGAUGACGACCUGGAAGGGGAGGUGACAGAGGAGUGUGGCAAGUUUGGUGCAGUCAACCGAGUCAUCAUUUACCAAGAGAAGCAGGGCGAGGAGGAGGAUGCAGAAAUCAUUGUCAAGAUCUUUGUGGAGUUUUCCAUGGCCUCAGAGACUCACAAGGCCAUCCAGGCCCUCAAUGGGCGCUGGUUCGCUGGCCGCAAGGUGGUGGCAGAAGUGUAUGAUCAGGAGCGUUUUGAUAACAGUGACCUUUCUGCGUGACCCUGGCCCUGUUCCCUGGACUUGCAUUGGCCCCUUGUUUCCUCUGGGUGACUGUGGGGCCAGGCCCCUCUGCCCAGCCCAGCCUGUAGUGUGCAUAAAGUUGCAGGUGCUGCUGGUCUUGA